AUGACUUAUUAUUCACAUACAGAUCCGUGUGUUGAACUUCGUAAUGUUCUUCAUCGUUCACUUCUUUCUCUUGGUUGUCCUCAUGUAUCAAGUUUACCAACUUCAACAUUUUUAAUGACAACAAAUACAAAUUUAAAAAUUGUUAUGUGGUUACUUGGUGAACUUGAUUCUGAUCUUGCACAACGUUUACAUACAACACGUUCAUCAAAUUCAAUUACAUUUAUAAAAGAUUUUUUUCUUGAAACAGCUAUGUUUCCACGUUCAUUUAUUUUACGUCUUGAUGAUAUAUUUAAUUCAUCAUCACUUAUUGAUCUUCAUCAAUUAUCAAAUAUUUUAUCAUAUUAUAUACAUAAACCAAUUAUAGGUCAUAAUGUUCAAUUAGGUCUUAUUGAAUACCUUAGUGAAUUACUUGUAUGUUUACGUAAUCCACCAAUGACAAUACAUCAUGAUAUGUGGAAUAAUCGUCAUGUACUUAAUAUGUUUGAACAAUUACCUAUGGAUGAAACAAAUCUUUCAAUUGAUUCACGUAUACUUGAAUAUGCUGAUAAUGAUCAACAACAAUCUGGUGAUGAUGAACAAACAAGUGUAGAUUUAAAAGAUGUUUUUGGACAAGUUCGAACAGAAUUAUUAUCACAAAAAACAAAUGAUAUGAAUGAAACAGAAUUUGAAACAAUAUUUACAAAUGAACAAAUUAUUGAUAUUGAAAAACAACUUCAAAAUGCUUUAGUUGAUACACAUCAAUUUUUUAAACGUCUUGAAACUGGUGUACCAAAUUUAUCAACAUCUAUUGAUCAACAAUCAACAGUUUUAUUAACGAAUGAAAUUUUACAAAAAUUAACAUCACUUAACCAUUUAAAUGAAGUAUAUGAACAAGUUCGUUCAAAUGAUAAAAUUUUUACAGAUAAAAUUCAAUAUUUAUUAAAUGAUAUUGAUAAAGAAAAUGAAAAUAGUUCUAAGCAAUCAAAUUCUUCUCUUACACUUCAAUCGCAAGUCAUGUUAGCAUGUAAUCUUGCUCAUACAUUAAAUAAUACUGAUCAGAUUAAAAAGAAAUAA